UCAGCCCUAAAAACUAUCGAAUGAGUUAGGAACGAAUUAGGAUCUCUGAUGCCUUCGCUUUCAUCUAGAGAGCAUAAUCUCCACCAAGCAUGGAUCUUAUGAUGCCCUCUUUGUGUGAACAAAGAGCUUGAGUGUUUCAUCUAUCCUUUAUUAGCUGUCGAUAAAUAUUCACAAAAAGCAGAUGCUAUCCUUGAUCGAUCGAACAGAACGGAGAAAUACUAACUCGCUCAAAGAAAACACAGAUAUUCUCAGUUAAUGAACGCACACGGUCCAUGGAAGAUGGCUAUUGCUCAAUCACUUCCAUUAAAGCUUACCACAUAAUGAAAACCAUCAAGCUUUCUACAUGGUUGCUGCUUUCGAAUCUAUUAUUGGGAAAGUGGGGUCACAGUUUAGAGAACUUGUACAUUGGUACUUUUUAUGGCAUCAACGUCUCUUCAAAAGGUUGGAGCUCCAAGGGUGUUAUGCCAGCAGUUCAGAUGGCGCUCGAACACGUAAAUGGGGAUCAGUCAAUUUUGGCUGGUUACUCUUUACACGAGGAUUGGAGAGAUUCUAAGUGUGACAGUGCUGCUGCCAUAAAAGCGAUGUUGGAUUUAGUGUCCAAGCCUCCCACGAAGGUCAUGUUCACGGCACCAGGCUGUUCUCCAGCUGCAGAACCCAUCGCAGAAGCUGCCCCAUUUUGGGGGGCAGUUCAGGUUGGUUUCAGCAAUACUUCCCCUAAGCUCUCAGAUGACAUCAGGUUUCCUUUCUACUCCCGGAUUUGUUCUUCUGAGACUCUCAACAACUUUGCCAUAGUGAACCUAUUAAAACACUUCAAGUGGAAGAGAGUCGCAAUUCUCGUGCAGCAGGACCACAUUUUCACGAAGACCAAAGAGAACUUGGUGGCGUUACUUACAAAACACAACAUCUCAAUCGUCUUUAUGGAGAGUUUUGAAGCAGAACACCGGCAUCCAGUUAGUCACAUCAAGAGGAGAGAUGUCAGAAUCAUCAUUGGCCUGAUGUAUGAAGACCAAUUCCGAAAAAUCGCAUGUCAGGCCUGUCAUCAAGGAGUAACAGGUAGAAAAUACGCUUGGAUCCUUCCUGGAUGGUAUAGUGCUAAGUGGUGGGAGUCUGAAACUGGAGACACUUCGUGCAGUGGAGACGACAUACUCAGGGCGAUAGGCAACUAUCUCGCCACCAGACCUCUACCUCUUGGGGAUUCUAGAACCCCUACGAUUGCAGGGAAGAGCGCUGUUGAACUUAAGGAUGAACUCCUAGAACGGAGCAGGAAGAUAAAUUACCCAACAAAUGGAUUUUCAUCUUUUGCGUAUGAUGCUAUUUGGAGCAUCGCGCUAACGUUGCACCAGUCCAUCUCUGUUCUUCAAGCUCGCAAUAAGAGUUUGGCAAACAUAAAGUACGGCGAUCGUGAGGCCGCCGAACUCUUCAAACGGCUACUCCGCAAUUUGACCUUCACUGGAAUGUCGGGUAUUGUUAAGUUUGACAGAGUGGGUGAUAGAGAAAACACAAUCGAAAUUUUGCAACAACAAGGCGAUGACAGGACAGUGGUUGGAUUGUGUAACAAAUCUUUUACUAUGCUGAAUGACUCUUUGUUCAUUUGGGAAGGCAAGAUUCCGGCUGAUGGAGUGACCAAUACGACUGAACCUUAUAAAGCACCAAGGAUACAGACCAUCAUUACAAUUGUUACGACCUCUCUUGGCAUGCUGUUCUCUUUGGGAUGCCUGAUUUUAAACAUAUUAUACAGAAAACAAAGGAUAAUCAAGAUGUCCUCACCGCAUUUCAAUAGCAUAACGGCCUUUGGCUGUUUUUUGUGCUAUAUCCACGUUUUCUUGGCAGUUUUUGGAAAUUCUUUCGUGUAUGGAAAAGGAAGCAGAUCUAUUUGUGUGGUCCGCGCUUACCUUAUUAUUGUCGGAUUUACAUUGGGGUUUGGAGGAAUGUUAUCUAAGACGUGGCGAGUGUACAAGAUAUUUACGAAUAGGCGUCUCAAACGACAGAUAGGUGGUCUGAAUACGUCUCACCUAAUGCUUAAAAUAUUUCAUGGCUUACUGCUGGAUAUACUGGUGCUUGUGAGUUGGGAACUAGUGGAUCCCUUGCAGGCAAAAACUAUACAAAUGUCUGAAAAGAUGCACCCGGAUGACGAAGACAUCAACAUUCACAUAACAAUUCACCAAUGUGACUCAACUCAUUAUUCCAGAUGGUUCCUGGGGAUACUAAUAUACAAGGGUAUUCUGCUUUUGUUUGGUGUCUUCCUGGCCUGGGAAACGAGAAAUGUUCAUUACGCCGAACUUAACGAUUCCAAGAACAUUGGGGUCGCCGUUUACAAUAUUUUAUUGUUCUCUGGGCUUUCUAUUACAACGGAGUUUGUGCUGAGUAAUUACAAUGCCAAGAGAAUCUUCAACAAUUCAUUGAUACACUUGUGUACCACCAUGGUGCUUGGUUUAGUGUUUCUCCCAAAGAUCACAAGCCUUGUCCGCGGGUCACAAGUGCACACAGAGGAAAUCCAAAAUCAGGACCGAAAGCAACAUGAUUCGUUUAGGAAUAACACUUUCAAUUCGACAAGUUUUGCAGUGUCGGAAAUCGAGCAGACGGUUCGUUAGGGUGAUGGAAAUCCCAUGAUUCUCAGUGGACCCAGUUGAAUACCUCAGGUCCCUGUUGAACCGUUGCAGUGAAAAGAGACACGUCAUCAAAUUUGGAAUCGCUUGUUAGAACGUGCAAGAUAAUGUACAACAGGCGGGAAUCCAUAACCGCUUAAGUUAAUCAGAAAAAAAAGCAUAAGAACACAAGAGACAAAAGACAAUAAAAUAAGAUGGAGAAGCAGGCGAUCAGUGAUGCGGUAACCACGGUAGCGAUCUUUUAGUAAACCGGUUUCCAAAAUAUUUGAUUCCGGAGAAUGCAAUUCGGUUAAAAAAGAAUUCAACAUGGGAGGAGGAUAUAUAAAAAAAUUAACAGGGCAAGGUUGAUAAAUAAGCUUUGAAAACGCAGAUUUUUAAUUUUUCUUUUUCACAAGAGUACGUAAGAACUACUUCCCAGUCAGUCACGUCACCAGCCGACCAAAGGACUGGAUAAAUAUGACAGAUCAAUUAUUAUAAAACUGUCUGACACUGACCAUUCCAUUUUAUUUGGCAUCAGAGAAUUUCUCCGGCAUAGGCCUUCUAUGCACACAUAUCAGGUGAAAACGGUCACCCAAAACAACUAUUUGUAUCGAAUUGUUUAAAAACCCCGUUUUGUUGCGUUUGUGUCGACGGAUAAAAACAAUUUUCGGCAAAAAAUGAAAUGUUUCUGUUUUCUAAGAAAUAAUUUGUUGGUCUUAGACGCCAAUCGCGGAUUCGUGGACAGGGUUGCAAAGGGAGGCUCCUAAUUCUGUUUCACGCAAGAAGUUUUGAAAAAUUUACGCGUCACGUGUAGUUAAUCAGUAUUUUGCUAGUCAAGAAUUUAAAAGGAAGAACUAUAGACCUCACCUUAUCUUGCAAUUGCCCUUUUGUAAAGAUCACGCGUCACAUAAUUAAUUCUGGGCUUCAUCACGUGUCAAGUGUAAACCAUUUCCCUUUCGAACCUCGAAGCAUAUCAAGACGAUUUUGAAAACAGCCUUCGGUUUCCAUCUUUUGUUAUAUAAUAAGUUAUCAAAAAUAUAAUGCAACGUGUGAUG